AUGUCGCGUCAUACGGAGCCUGCUGCCAACGCCGCGGCGCGAGCGGCUGACGGGCCCGCUGCCCGGGGUGGGGCGGGCGCAGGCCAGGCAGGGAAGCGCGUGACGAUGGGCGGGGCCUCGUGGCUUGAAUUCCGGCUGGCUGCUCGUCCGGGAUGGCCCGGCGAGUUGCGAGGGCUGCGAGGCCCGGCCACGCUUGAUCAGUUGCCGGCGGCCGAGGCCGGGCUGCCGCUGGCGGACCCGCCGGGAGGAGGGGUGAGGGGGGGAGGAGGAGGGAGGGGUGGAAGAGGGGAUGGGGAAGAGGAUGAGGUCGAGAGCGUCGCGGUGGAUCAGCCGAGAAAGAGAGGGGAGGAUGAGAAGGAGAACGAGAUUGGAGAGAGGUUGAGAGCGUCGCAAGUGAAACCAAGGGUAGCCAAUGGAAGAUUGAAGCAUUGGGAAGAAUUGAGGAAUUUGUAG